AUGUCCGAAGUCAUAAUUGUCAUUCGAGUUUGGGCACUUUGGCAAUUCUCCAGAAUCGUGGGCGCGUCUUUAUUGAUUGUGGCCAUCCUUGGGAUAAGCAUCACCUCGAUAUCUUACGUGAAAUUUAGUGACGAAAUGACCUUCGUCGAUAUGAACAACAUCGCUCCGAAUCUAGAUGGCUGCUUCUCGGCCCCUCGCAGCAACAUCGUCUUCCUAGCCUUCGUGGGUUUGGUGGUUUGGGAAACUCUGGUCGUGAUUUUGCUGCUCUCCAGGGGCGCUCGACAUUUCGGGCACGUAUCAAACGGCUUCCUGCUUAGAAUGUACCAGAACGGGAUUAUGUACUACAUCUUCAUGGCUUUCGUCUCCUGCAUAAACAUCGACAUCCUUCUAACGGGUCGUCCGGAGAGCGCCAACUUACUCACACCGAUCCAGCGCGUCCUACACUCAGUCAUGGCCUCCCAUAUGCUCUUCCAGCUCCGAGAAAGUGCGAGAAAGCGUCAGCACUUUCCCGACGACCGCAGCCCCGUUGACAUCGAUCCAGGUACUUUGGUAUUCGCCAGCCGGCUGGGUAACGAUGCUGAGACAUGGGUCGGGGACGGUCGUGGUUUGGGUUCGUGA